ACUUCAAAACACUUGUCUCUUUUCUCUUUUCUCUUUUUUCUUCUGUACCUUCACGCGGUACUACUGACUCACUGAGUCAAGUCUAUUUUCCCGGAAAAUCGGCAACCUGAGAAAAUGCCCGAUUCUCGGAAAAUCGAUUCGCACAACAAUGGCGCUUAGAUUCUCCACUUUCUCCUUUCACCGUCAUCCUACCUGAGCUUCUUCUUCUUCUUCUUCAUUCUCUGGUAACUGGCUCUGAGCUCUGAUUGCUGGAGAGAAAUUUCAAUACAUGUAGCAUUAGAUUAGGCUUUGAUUUCUUGUUUACUGCUUAGGCAUAGGGAUGCUAUUGCAGUAACAGUAAAAGCAAUUUGAAGUUGAAAUAGAGAUGUAAAGAGAAAAAAAAGUUUAGGGUUGCCAUUUGGUGAUUCUGAUUCCCUUUUAUGAUGGGAGCAUUUGGUUGUCAGAUUCAUAGCUUGUUUAUUUUUGAGACAGCAAGGUAUUGAACCUGAGAAAUUGAGGAUGGCUUGUUUGGCGCUUCGUCCGAUGCACGAAGAAGCUUUUGGUGAUUUUACCAGCUGUUUUAGUCAUCAUUUGCGGGACUCGAUUUUGAUUUACCUGACUGUUGGUGGAUCCGUGGUUCCGAUGCAUAUUAUGGAGACGGAUUCGAUAGCUUCGAUGAAGCUGAGAAUUCAAACGUUUAAAGGAUUUUUUGUGAGGAAACAGAAGCUGGUUUUUGAAGGGAAGGAAUUGGCUCGUGACAAAUUGUGCGUCCGUGAUUAUGGUGUUUCGGAUGGGAAUGUGUUGCACCUGGUGCUUAGGCUUUCUGAUCUUCAAGCUAUUACUGUUAGGACUGAAUGUGGAAAGGAGUUUGGGUUUUAUGUCGGGAAGAAAAGGAAUGUGGGUUAUGUAAAGCAGCAGAUUGCGAGGAAAGGGCAAGGGUUGUUGGAUCUUGCAGAUCAAGAAUUGGUGUGGGAGGGUGAGGCGCUUGAAGACCAGAGACUUAUAGAGGACAUCUGUAAGGACAACGAUGCAGUAAUUCACUUUUUGGUUAGGACAUCAGAUGCCAAAGUUACGACUAAACCAGUUGGGAAGGAUUUUGAGUUAUCAAUUGAGGCAUACACUGUGCCAAGUUUUAGUGCAGGCCAGUUAGGGUCAGUGUCAGUAACAAAUAGGGCCCUGAAGAGGAAUGAAUUGACUAGAGAAUUUCUUUUGGAACCAAUUGUUGUGAAUCCCAAGAUCAAAAUUCCACAAGUGAUCCAGGAGCUAAUUAAGAUUACUUCAGAGGGGUUAGAAAAAGGUGGUAAACCAAUUCAAUCAUCAGAGGGAUCUGGAGGGGCUUAUCUCAUGCAAGAUUCACUCGGCUUGAAGUAUGUUUCUGUUUUCAAGCCUAUUGAUGAGGAGCCGAUGGCAAUCAAUAAUCCUCGAGGCCUACCUCUCUCUGUGGAUGGUGAAGGGGGGUUAAAGAAAGGUACACGAGUAGGGCAAGGUGCGUUGAGAGAAGUUGCAGCUUACAUUUUGGAUCAUCCUAAGAAAGGACCCCGCUCAUAUCAUAACAGUGAUGAAAAGGGGUUUGCUGGAGUUCCUCCUACAGUCAUGGUCAAAUGCUUGCAUAAAGGAUUCCAUCAUCCUGAAGGUUACAAUAGUGCUUCAGAUAAUGUUAAAUUAGGAUCACUUCAGAUGUUUAUGAAGAAUAUUGGAAGUUGUGAAGACAUGGGCCCUAGUGUAUUUCCGGUGGAAGAGGUACACAAGAUCUCUGUGCUGGAUAUCAGGUUGGCAAAUGCAGAUAGGCAUGCUGGGAACAUUUUAGUUGCCAAGGAUGGUGAAAAUGGCUCAACUGUGCUUAUUCCAAUUGAUCAUGGCUAUUGCUUACCUGAGAGUUUUGAAGACUGCACUUUUGACUGGUUGUAUUGGCCACAAGCCAAAGAGCCCUACUCCCCAGAUACCAUUGAGUACAUAAAAUCUCUGGAUGCUGAAGAAGAUAUCAAGCUUUUGAAGUUUCAUGGAUGGGAGCUUCCUCCUGAAUGCGCCCGACUCCUUCGAAUAUCAACCAUGCUUCUGAAGAAGGGUGCAGAGAAAGGACUCCCUCCUUUCACCAUUGGGAGCAUCAUGUGUAGAGAAACACUGAAGAAAAAAUCUGUCAUUGAGCAAAUUAUUGAGGAAGCUGAGGAAGGUGCACUUCCUGGAACAAGCGAAGCUUCUUUUCUCGAUCUUGUUUCAGUGAUAAUGGAUAGCCAUUUAGAAGAGCCAUUCCCAUGAGUACUGAAUACACAUAUUGCUUUUGUUAAUAAAGAUGGCGAUAAAGUGAUGACUCUCCAUUCGGCUUCAAAAUGGAUCCCUUACUAUGGUAUAUAUACUUAACUGUUGGUUAAAACUUCUUAUGACCCACCAAUCAAGAAUUUUAUUCUUGUAUUGCAAUAUCCAUUCCUUAUGCAUCUCAGAUCACAAGGAAUUUUUGUGCAGUUCCUCUGUGAAUAUAAAAUUCUGAAAAUAAAGGUUGUGGUUUCAAUAAAAGAAAUCGUUCCAUGUUCUGCUGA